UGUUCUCUGUGGUCAGGUAGAGUUUGACAUUUAGGUCAUUGAAAUUGAAUUGAUUUUACAUUUAAAACCUGAAAAUAUAGUGUAUUUUGUUUGUGUUGUUGAUAUUUGAAUGUUUCUAUAAAACUCUAAAUCUUUACCACUCUUUGAGUUACCCUUUUUAAGGCACAAGAUUACUACAAAAUUUGGCCACAAUGACAAUGGGCGAUGAAUUACCUGUUACUUCCUUAGUUUUGCCAGUACUCAUACGUCCUGUUUUAACUCAGUUGGAAAAAUAUGACCUGGGCGCAUCUCAAACAUUACGAGCUGCUCUUACAAAAGCGGAAGCAGCUAUACCAGGACUCAAUUAUGAUUUAGUGGCUGGUAUAAUGAGGCGGGCUGAUAUACCGGUUAACAUGAAUGAAAGCUUGCUAAGGCUGCAAGGAACACUUACUGAAAAUGAAUGUGCUGAUUUGAGAUUGAACAGGUCAGAGGAAGCUUUUCGGGAGUUGAAUAAAAAAUCAGCUGCUCUAAAGAAAAUUUUGAGUCGAAUUCCAGAUGAAAUUACUGACCGAAAAACUUUUCUGGAAACAAUAAAAGAAAUAGCCUCUGCUAUUAAAAAGUUAUUAGAUGCGGUGAAUGAAGUGUCAACAUACACACCGGGCCCGGGGAAACAGGCACUUGAACAGAGGAAAAGGGAAUUUGUCAAAUAUUCAAAGAGAUUUUCUAACACUUUAAAGGAAUAUUUCAAGGAGGGACAAGCAAAUGCUGUGUUUGUGAGUGCACUCUAUCUUAUACAUCAAACCAACCAAAUCUUGUAUACUGUAAAAAAUAAAUCAGAGUAAAAAGCUGAACAUUUAGGUGUUCAUAAAGAGGUUAUUAAAAAAUUAAAACAAACAUA